CUGCCGGCGCGGGGGCGGCGGGGCGCGCCGGACCCGCGGCGGCGGCGGCGGCCACUGGGAUGCAAGUAUGGACAUAAUAGCCUAUGAUGAUUACUCCAGUCCACCGCUUCAGAGAUAUUGAAAGGACACCUGAAUACCUCCAGCCGGAAAAGUGUGUUCCACCUCCUAGCCACGCUUCCCUGGGAACAAUGUGGUUUAUUCGAGAUGGCUGUGGUAUUGCAUGUGCUGUCGUUACCUGGAUGCUGGUGUUCUAUGCCGACUUUGUAGUCCUUCUUGUCAUGCUAGUUCCAUCGAGAGAUUAUGUUUAUAGUGUCAUCAAUGGCACACUGUUCAACACCUUGGCUUUCCUCGCUUUGGCUUCACAUUUUCGUGCUAUGCUGACAGAUCCAGGUGCUGUACCCAAAGGUAAUGCCACAAAAGAGUUCAUUGAGAGUUUACAGCUAAAGCCAGGACAGGUGGUUUACAAGUGCCCAAAGUGUUGUAGCAUCAAACCUGACAGAGCACAUCACUGCAGCGUUUGCAAGAGGUGCAUUCGGAAAAUGGACCAUCACUGCCCAUGGGUCAAUAACUGUGUAGGAGAGAAUAACCAGAAGUACUUUGUACUGUUUACAAUGUAUAUAGCACUGAUUUCCCUGCAUGCUCUAAUCAUGGUGGGAUUUCACUUCUUGUACUGCUUUGAAGAAGACUGGACAAAGUGCAGUUCCUUCUCUCCACCAACUACAGUGAUUCUCCUCAUCCUCUUGUGUUUUGAGGCUCUCCUAUUUCUCAUCUUCACCUCAGUUAUGUUUGGGACCCAAGUACACUCCAUCUGCACUGAUGAAACGGGUAUUGAGCGACUUAAAAACCAGAAGCCAACCUGGGAGAAGAUCAGCGGCUGGGAAGGAAUGAAGCUGGCGUUUGGUGGUGCCUUCUCCCUGGGUUGGUUCAACCCUUUCUCAAACCUGAACUGCAAGAGCCCAGUGCUGGCUGAAGCAGUGGCAGCAGCUCCUGCAUCUGAAAUUAUGACCCAAGAAGAAAUCGAGCAGUUUCUGGCUCGAGAUGUUGCCAUCCAAAUGUUGCGUGAAUAAGCAAAGCAUCCUCCACAAUGCCAGGAGAAGCUUUCAGGUGUUCCUUUUAAUAAUUACUUGUGCUGGAGAUUUAAGGGUUGCUUUUUAGCAUAUUUUCUGGUGCAUUUAAAAAUUCAGGAGUAUUUGUCUGGAACAGACCCUACAGCACUAGUAAUGCAAAUCUCCAGAGAGAACUUCGUAAGUGAUGGGGUUCAUAAGCUCCUUUUCAGACCUGUGUCAACUGCUUUACUGAGCUUUUCUUAGAUGGCCUUAAAGGACAGUUUAUAAUUGUCAGAUAGAUUGGUUCCAGUUCCCAGAAAUGUGCCAUCCUAGGGAGUCUGGUUAAUCUUUGUUCUUAACAGCCCUUUGGAGGACUAAAUGUGUGUGAUGGCAAGAUUAGGCCAGCUCUGAAGGUUUUCUGGAAAAACACAUCCACUUUAGCCCAUCCCAUGGGUGCUGCCUCUAGGUUAUGAAAGCUGCUGCCACACUGAUCUUAGCCUAGGUGGGAUACAGGGCUAUGGAUGCAGCACUUGGAUGAGCUCACCCUGGGUGUAACUCCUUUGGGCUCUGAAAUAUCUCCAGGGGUUAAUUUUUACCCUCUGUGCUUGUGGGACUGCCCAGGACUGGUGGUGCAUGUUGGAGGUGGUGGGCUUGUGAUGGUGCCAGGCUGGUGAGAGCAUUCACCCGUGGCCAGUGCAGCUAAGAACGGGCAAAUGUUGGCCGGGUUUUCGAGGUGCUGGUGGGGGGAAGCUUUUGCCCCGGGGCUGUGGCUCAUUCACAUGUGAGAUGUGUGAAGCAGGAACUGCCUGGCUGAGCUCUGCAGCCCAGGGAGCAUGGAAGUGGUCUAGGCCAGGUACCAGGGCUAUUUCCGCUGUCAAAGAGAGGGUGAUGUGAACACCCUGUGAUGGAGGUGCUGCUUCUCUCUGUUUGACUUGUCUAAGUUAGAUGUCUCUCUUUUCUUCUUUUCUUGGUAGCUAGAGUUGGUAGAGAAUGAACAGUGCCUCCUAAUCUUACUGGAGUUUAACACUGUCCUACUAGUACGUGCCAUUAUGCAGGGUUUCCUUACAUUAAUUUUGCAGCCAGCUCCUGGGGAAUGCUGGUGAACCUGUAGAAGGAACACUCGUCCCUUGAAGAGGGCAUCACUGCAGGUGGCAGUAGUGGUAGCAAAGUCAUGCAGAGAUGUUGCCAGCCUCUGAAUUCAGAUACGCUGCAAACACUUGGCAUCCUCCAGAUGUCAGGGUACUUUUAAUUUAGACUGUUUUUCAAUUGCUUUUUUUUUCUUCUGUCAUAUCCCUUAGAUUAAUUGUCAUUAAAUUUGCAAGAGACUAGAGAUGUGCUCCUGGCUUCCCCCCCCCAGAACAUGCUUGCUUUUAUCUCCCCCUCCCCUGUAACAUGGACCAAAGAUAACUGCUUCCUCUCAAAAGUAAGAGAAAGGAGUUUUUGGGAUGAAAGCAUGGUAUUGUGAAAGACCUAUAUGAAGUUUUUAUUAUUUAUAGGAGUAAUAUCAAAUGGAAUUUGUGCAAGAUUUUUUUCCUGUUUUUUUUUAACUCCUCAGAAAGCAUCUUGGUGUACAUUAAUGGUGUGACAUUCAGGACUACUGUGGAGGGAUGGGAUUCUCUCCUGGACUUGUCCUCUGCCACAGCAGUCUCAUUUUCUGGCAAAGGUACUGGGAACAAAUAGAGUGCCUUGACUGUUAGGAGCACAGCUUGACCAAAAUCCAGAGGGUAUUUCCAAGUAGUUGUCCCAUCCUCUGUUCCCUCUGGAUAUCUCUUCUCUUUGUCAGUGCAAAAUAGAUCUAGAAAACAUCAUUAGGAACUGUGUAUUUAUAACCUUUGGGAUAAAGGGAAACGCCCCACAUUGGAGGGGAAACAAGGUAUCCUCUCAUGUCAUUUAGACACGAGGUCUUGAAUGUCUUUGCCCUGUGCAGCUGUGUGGUGUUGAGGGAAGAAACUCCUCCUUCUGCACUAGACUAUGUUUAUCUCUGUCAGCAUCCCGCAGGAAAUGGAUGUCAGGGACAUACAGAUCUAAAAGGAAUUUCCUGUAGGGAGCAAUGGGGAUGUUGAAGGAGGAAGAAUAAGAGUGCCCUUUUUAGCUCACAUUUUCUAAUUUUGGCUUGCUGCUCCACCUCUGCAUCCAGUUAACAUCCCUGCCUCUGGUGCUGUGUCUGCAGUGGGAAUGGUGCUACAGGGAGAAACUAGUUCAUGGCUGAACAUCACCUUGAGGCAGGCAUAUAGGGAUGUCAGCUUGGGAGGGACCCCCAUACGCUGCGUUCCAGGGAUGCUUCUCAGAAUGGGGACCCCACUCUGGGACAUGGCUUUGGGUAGGCGUGGAUGGAGGCAGCCUAAUUUCUCCUGCACUCUCAAACCUGGCUCACUUCAUCAGGAGAACAGUGGUCAUUUGUUUCUGUUUCCCACCACUCCUAUUGUUCCUCAGGUGCUGGCGUUUCUGGGUUUGUUUUUUUUUUAAAUAGAGGAAACAGAAAAGUAGUGUGAAGAGGAAGGUGAGAGCCAGAACAGUCAUCUCCCCUCCUCCAGUUACAGUCUGAGUGAGAGACAGGGGCGUGUCACUGUGCCUUACACAGAGCCUGGACAGCCAGCUCCAGCUGUGAUGCCCCCAAGAUGUGGCAGGGUGACUUCCUAUACCCAGGAAAUCAGUUCUGGUGUUUCUUGUCUGUCAGUCUCCCUUGUCCCCUUCCAAAGUCCCAGUACCCCUUGGUGUAUCUCCUUUCUGUCUCAAUGUAGUGUGACAACUCUCAGAAAUCCCACAUUUUCACAAGUUGGAAAAAUUUGUUUUAUCCGUAGCUUUUGUAUAAACCUCCUUCUUUAAUGAUUGACUGGUAGCUUGAGACCAAACAUAAUUUUCAUGGAAUUGAAAUGAAACUCACUGUUUACUUUCCCUUCCCUCUACACACUUCUUGCCCUUUGUUAGAGCAUGCCUUCAUGUUCAGACCAUGCAGCUAUGGUCCUGGCUGGCCUGCCAGGUCCCAGGAAAGACAUCCUGGAGAGCCUGCUUGUGGCGCCCUAAGUGUAUGGGGCCAGGGAGGAUGCUCCCCCUGCACUGCACAGUGGGACGUGGUUUGCUGGAGGUCCCAUCACUGCUCUGACAUGAGGUGAUGCUCUGAUGAAGUUAAUAUGUGAUGGGCAGGGUCGUGGCAAAUGUGGAAAGUGUUCUCGUACUUCUUACCUGGUGUCUUCUACAGCAGGUUUUCUAUGCAAAUAGAGAAUUUACAUCUCUUGAAAAAACACAUUUUUUGCUGUUUGUAACUCCUUUUUGUGCCUUCAGUCCCUGUUGUACUUACUAAAGAGCUAAUACUUCAUCUUCCAAGGACCACCUGCUCCUCCCUACCCUGUGGACAGGAUGCACACGGACCCUGCACCCACUCUGCCUGUGGAGAGGAGCUCCCACUCCCUGCUAUGCCACCACAGGAGGUGUAGGAGGUGGCCUUUUGGGGACCCUGUGCUGCUGUGGAGCAACAGAACACCAUGGGCAGAGGGGCAGCAGGGGCAGGGCAGCCUUGACCCCCGUCCAUGGCCUGGCAGCCACCUGUGUGCUCCUCUGGGAGUUGCCCAAAUCUUUGAAACACAAGAGAGUGGUUAAAACCUUUUUGCCUUUUUAUGUCCUUCCUAGUUUUUUUCCUCUUCCCUUUUUAUGGGCUGGCACAUAACCAGAUGUAGUCACCAUUUCUUUUUUCCACCCUACUGCAUUAAUGCUUGAGCAUUUGCCUUUUAAAUAAACAAAUAAAUUACCCCCUA